AUGCGUGAGGCAAUCUGCAUACACAUUGGCCAGGGCGGCGUUCAGAUUGGCAAUGCUUGCUGGGAGCUGUUCUGCCUGGAGCACGGCAUCCAGCCUGACGGCCAGAUGCCUUCCGACAAGACGAUUGGUGGCGGAGAUGACGCCUUCAACACAUUCUUCAGUGAGACAGGUGCUGGUAAGCACGUGCCUCGCUGCGUGAUGGUUGAUCUCGAGCCGACCGUCGUGGAUGAGGUCCGCACAGGUACUUAUCGUCAGCUCUUCCACCCGGAGCAGCUCAUCUCCGGAAAGGAAGAUGCCGCAAACAAUUUUGCUCGCGGACACUAUACGAUUGGCAAGGAGAUCGUGGAUCUUGUCCUGGACCGCAUCCGUAAGCUCGCUGACAAUUGCACCGGGCUUCAAGGCUUCUGCGUGUACAAC